CUUCCAAAGAGCUUCCUAGGAAAAGCAAUAACCAAUAAAAACAACAAUACAAGAGCAAAAUAUCUAGCCCAGGCUACUCAGAUAAAAUAUUUAGGCUAUAGGCUAUUACAAUUUUUACUUCAUGAAUCUCUUCUGCACCGUUUUUGUGUGUUUUGUUUUUCGUAUAAGAUGAGUUCCUACAUAGCAAACUCAAUUUUUAAGCAGCAAACGCACGAGGCAUCCUCCUAUAACGCCAUGAAUAGUUUAGGCAGUUAUGGCUCUCUCUCUGACUUCGGUCAAGCCAAUUAUGCCUAUAACGGAGGUCUUCAUGAUUUCAACGGAACAUUCACCUCCUCUGAUGCCACUGUAAACUCUCUAAAACGAGAAGAGAUGAACACUAGCCUGCGAGGCAAUACGGACACUCAAUCUCCACCACUACCACAGUCAUGCUCAGCCUUGAGCUCCCGGAACUCCGUGCAGAACUGCCUCAGUGAAGGUAUACUGAGCAAAGGGACUGAAAGGCAAAUGGAAGUGGUCGAAAACCACAGAACUACGACCGAAGAAAGCGCGAUCAAAGUCGAAACUAUGCAACCUGUAAAACAUCAAAACCAUUCGAAGAAGCACCAAGACAGUCAACAGCAACCGCAGAUUUUUCCCUGGAUGACAAAACUACACAUGAUCCACGAAUCAUCUGACGGUAAACGCUCUCGAACCAGUUACACCCGCUACCAGACUCUGGAGUUGGAGAAAGAGUUCCAUUUCAACCGCUACCUCGCCCGUCGCAGGCGCAUUGAGAUCGCCAAUACCCUCUGUCUGAACGAGAGGCAAAUUAAAAUUUGGUUCCAGAAUCGACGUAUGAAGUGGAAGAAGGAUUCGAAACUGAAAUCAAAGGAUUCAAUAUAAACAUGGAGUUGAUGAUUGAUCUGGAGACGAACUGCAAAAAGAAGUUGGGCCUAGGCCUACCCUAAAUAGAGAGAGAGAGACCAUGAUUUGAAACGUGAAGGCCUUGUUCAGAAUCAGACCCUAUUAUGUGUUAUGGACUAUUACAUUAUUUGCAUAUUCCGUGUUUGGCACUUUAUAUGUGGACUUUUAUUCUUUACUUAAUGGUUGUACAACGUUUAAGGGGGAAAAAAAGAAUAAAAAUAAAGUAAUGUGUUGUCUUAAUGUAAAGAUUGUGUAAGGACCUUUGGAAGAAUUAGGGAGAGCUGUGGACUACAAGGCCACUCCCUCUUUCAUGUUAAAUUCAUGAGUGGAAUACAUGCCAAAUAAACAUUCGAUAGCCUAUUCCCUUAUCAUUGAGAUAAUGAUUAUGAUAAUUUAAAUGACUGAUAGGCCUACUCAGUGGUACCACGAUAACGAGGAGACGUUAUCACGAAAAUAUGUUAUUUUUCUACGUUUUAAAAAAUUCCUAUUUGGGCGGAGUAAUAUUUAUUUCUUUUUUUCGUAUUACACAUGAAGAAAAAAACAGACAAUGUAAACAGACAGUUUACUUGUUCAAUAGCAAUUACAGUGGCUACAUGUAUAGACCAAGAGGGUCAGGAAUCUGAAAUGGAUUAUGUCCAACCAAAUAUUUAAGAGUUUCGUGAUGGUAUUGAAGAACCCAUACCAUAUAUAUGCGUUUUGCAUUUUCAGAUGCUUACUGAUUUUGUAUCUUAUUGUUCACUGUAAUGUCCAGAGUUGUCAACAGACAUGGAAAUGUAUUGUACAUGUUGUCUAUUUAUAGUCUGUAUGUAAUAUCAAGACUUUGGAUGAUUCAUAUCCACUAUACAACUAGAAAAUACCCCUAACACUAACAUUUUCCAAAACGGAGAUAUAAACAGUGUAGGCUACAUUUUGGAUUAUGUGCCAUACCUUUAGGUGCACAAUACCUGUAAGACCUAUUGUUAAAUGAAUUGUUUGUUAAAGCUGGUGAUUCAAUCAAAACGCUUACAUGUGUUGAGAGAACUUUUGAAUAAACUUCCCAUACCAUAUACCAGCACAAUUGUGUCGCUUUUUUAUAUCAUUACAUGUGUAGGCACUUCGUAUUAAAAAAAACUGAUUCGAGCCCCCACACCGUCUAUUUAAAUAAUUUACAAUAUCCCUGUCGGACAAACGCAUGCGCAUAAAAGUUUAAGGCCCCAAUAAAACGUUAUUACUAUGUUUCCACCUUUCCACCACAGAUAGGGAAAUGGUUCCUGUUUUAACAGGAUAUAGUGGGUGGACACUUACAUACGUU